AUUUAAUUGUUGUACACCUGUAAAAUGCACCCUGACGCAUGCGCUUCUAGAGAUAAAUACACUAGAUUUUACUGGUCUUAAAACGCUGUAAAAUAAUGGACGCAUUAAGAGUGUUUGCAAUUUCUUUUUCAAUCACGGCUACUGUUCUCUGCGACACAGACCCGAUUCCCUGUGUUCUGAACGAUGUGAACAGUAAAUGCCCGAAUGGUUAUUGCUGUGUCCGAGAUACAUACUUGUUCUCCGAGACUUACUGCAAGCCUUUCGGACAAGAUGGGGAUGCAUGUGUUACCAAACCGUCGUUCUUUGAGUGUCCUUGUGCGCAGAACUAUUACUGUAAAAGCAAUCUCGCCGGAGAUCAUCACCUUUCCCAUUUCGGAAAAUGUCAUCUGAACUUGGACUACACAACAGAGUCUACAAAUGAAGAAUUUUCAACAGAUAAGGCGAAUGUGCAAAGUGGUUUAGGAUAGAUCCUUGAGUAUAUAUAUUUUAGGACGGAAAAAUUCCUCUCAACUUGCGAGAAAAAUACCAUUGCCAACAUGUCAUAAAAUUGUUGUUUUUCUUUUUUAUUUUCUUUGGUGAAAUGAUGCAUGAAAAUAAAAUAGUUUGACCCUUU